AUGAGUCAUUAUGCUAUGCCUUUUCUGAUCUUCAAUCUCGGUGGAGAGAUGAUGUACAUUCUCCAUCAAAGAUUGGAAGCUCAAAAGAUUACCGAGGAGAAGAGUAAGAAGGUUCUUCAAGAUGUAGUCAAGCAUAUGUUUGAUGAGGAAUUUAUUAAUGAAUUGGUUAAACCUCAAAAGAUGUAUUCUGAUGCUUCUAUUAGACAUGUUUUUGAAAAGUUGGCACACUCCUCCAUCAUGAGACUCUCCACUAGCAGUAUGAACAAGUUGUACGAUUUGAUGGUAAUGGGUUUAAAGUACUCUUUCAUUGCCUGUAAUCACCCUCAUGAAAUACUCCAAUUUACUUUGAAUCACUUGGAUGAAAUUGAAAAUAUUAUCGGCAAGCUUGAUAGUGAUGAAACUGCCCUAGAAGCAAAGAAGUGUGUUCAACGAGCUGUAAACGAAAUUGUUGAGAUCUCAAAGAAAAUGUCCCUCAAUGAUUUUAUUAAAUGCAGAUAUACUAUUUGUAAUUUCUUGAAGGAUAGAAAUAUAAAGGUUUCAAUCUUUUUGAAUUGCAAGAUUCAACACCGAUCAAAUGGUCACUUUAGAAUUCCAAACAAUAAGCAAUAUCCACUCGGAUUUGAUAAGCCUGGAACUUGCAGAUAUUUUGAAGCUGAAGGAAAUUUGAAAGAAACUGAAUUAAUAGCAAAUCACCCAAUGAAAGAUUUUACUCACAGUACAGUUACACAUUCUGAUUCAAAUCAAAGAACAAGUGAUUUGGGGGCCAACUUCUACUCUUCCACAAAACCUAAAAUUGCCCAACAAGAACACACUGAUGAUGAUAAUGAAAACUAUUCAUUCUCUGCUGUGAAGAAGAGUCACGACACAACUAGUGAAUUAAAUUUCUUGGCAAACCUUAUUCAUGGACCAAAAGAAACAAAGGAAACCUUCAAGGUUAACCUCUUCUCCAAGUUUGAUAUUUUCGAAGAACCUGAGGAAGAUGAAACCGUUGAAACUGUAGAGAAAAAGUUUGAGGAAUUGAUUUUCGAUUGUAGAGUAAGCAAUAGAGUGAAUGUUGACUUUGAUAUUAGUUCCACUCCUUCAAACAUUGUUGAACAAGAUGACUUGUUGGAAUUGAUGGAUUCAUAA